AUGGCCACUCAAUUCCCUACCAAGAAAUGCGGCGUCCUGGGAGCAACCGGCUCCGUAGGCCAGCGCUUCAUCCUCCUCCUCGCCAACCACCCCUCCCUCAAGCUCCACGCCAUAGGCGCAUCCUCCCGCUCCGCCGGCAAGAAGUACAAAGACGCCGUGCGAUGGAAGCAAGCCGCCCCCAUGAGCAGCUCCAUUGCCGAGAUGACGGUGCGAGAAUGCAAAGCCAGCGAAUUCGCCGACUGCGACGUCGUCUUUUCCGGGCUGGACUCUGACGUGGCCGGUGAAAUUGAGCAGGAAUUCGUCCGCUCCGAAAUCCCCAUCUUCUCCAACGCCAAAAACCACCGCCGCGACCCGCUCGUGCCUCUCGUCGUACCGACCGUCAACCUCUCGCACCUGGACCUCAUCCCGCACCAACGCAAGACGAACAACCUAAACAAGGGCUUCCUCGUAUGCAACUCCAACUGCGCGGUGAUAGGGCUCGUGGGGCCCUUUGCCGCCCUCCAAGCCUCCUUCGGCCGCAUAUCAACCGUCUCCAUCGUCACUAUGCAGGCCGUCUCCGGCGCAGGAUACCCCGGCGUCUCGUCCAUGGACAUCAUUGACAAUGUGGUGCCCUACAUCGCCGGUGAGGAAGACAAGCUGGAGACGGAGGCACGCAAGAUCCUCGGACAGAUCAACGACUCGAAAUCCGCGUUCGUCGAACAGGAAGGUCUCCGCGUGUCAGCGACGUGUAACCGCGUGCCUGUCAUGGAUGGGCACACCGCGUGUGUGAGUCUCAAGUUUGAGAGGCAGCCUGCCCCCUCGGCGGAGGAGUGCAAGGCCGCGCUGAGGAAAUAUGUGGCCGAGGCGCAGACGCUGGGGUGUCCCUCGGCGCCUAGUCCUGCGAUUUGGGUGUUUGAUGAGCCUGAUCGUCCUCAGCCACGGUUGGAUAGGGAUUUGGGGAAUGGGUAUACCGUGAGUGUUGGGCGGGUGAGGGAGGAUGAGAGCGGGAUUUUUGAUCUCAAAUUUACGGCGUUGAGUCAUAAUACUGUCAUUGGAGCUGCCGGCUCGUCUAUACUUAAUGCUGAGGCUGCUGUUCUCAAAGGGUACAUCUGA